GGGGCCGGGCCGCCCGCGCUGCGACCCCCCAUCUCUCUCUCUCUUCCCGGCUCGGACAAGUGGGCUCGGCGCCUCCGCAGUGGGGGUCCGUGCACCCGGGCGCUGGGGACCUGCACAGCCGGACCACGCUGGACAUCGGUGCGGACUUUCGUCGCCUCCGGGGAGUCUGUCCCGGCUCAGCAAUUAUCCUGUGUCCCCGGGGUGUAGUCUCCGUCCCCGGGUGGGGCGCUCCCUGUAUGGAUGCUGGCGAUCUCGUGCAGAAAUGGCCAUCAAGAAGUAGAUGCGCAGAUGUAACGGUGAGGAAAUAAUCCACGUCAUGAAGUAAGAUGCAGCAUAGCAUUCAUCCAGAUUAGUUGUUAGCAAACGAAGACAUUGUAUUUUGAAAUAUGAUUAAUCUCCUGAUGCAGCAUCAGAGGCUAACAAUAUUAAUGGCCAGAUCUAGUGCUCACAUGGCCUUCUGAAGAAGCCAUGGGUAGCUGCUGUAGCUGUCCAGAUAAAGACACUGUCCCAGAUAACCAUCGGAACAAGUUUAAGGUCAUUAAUGUGGAUGAUGAUGGAAAUGAGCUGGGCUCUGGCAUAAUGGAGCUUACAGACACAGAACUGAUCCUCUACACCCGGAAACGCGACUCGGUAAAAUGGCACUACCUCUGCCUGCGACGAUACGGCUAUGACUCCAAUCUCUUUUCUUUUGAAAGUGGCCGAAGGUGUCAGACUGGACAAGGAAUCUUUGCAUUUAAGUGUGCCCGUGCAGAAGAAUUAUUUAACAUGUUGCAAGAGAUUAUGCAAAAUAACAGUAUAAAUGUGGUAGAAGAGCCGGUUGUAGAAAGGAAUAGUCAUCAGACAGAAUUGGAAGUCCCUAGAACACCUCGAACACCUACAACUCCAGGGUUUGCUGCUCAGAACUUACCUAAUGGAUAUCCCCGAUACCCCUCAUUUGGAGAUGCCUCAUCCCACCCCUCCAGCCGGCAUCCUUCUGUGGGAAGUGCUCGCUUACCCUCAGUCGGUGAAGAGUCUACACAUCCUUUGCUUGUGGCCGAGGAACAAGUACAUACCUAUGUUAACACUACAGGCGUGCAAGAGGAGCGAAAAAACCGUGCAAGUGUGCAUGUCCCUCCCCCAGAGGCUAGAGUUUCUAAUGUUGAAAGCAACACACCAAAAGAAGAACCAAGUAAUAUUGAAGACAGGGACCCUCAGGUUCUUCUGAAACCCGAAGGGGUCAAAUUUGUUUUAGGACCGACCCCUGUUCAGAAGCAGUUGAUGGAGAAGGAGAGACUGGAGCAACUUGGAAGAGACCAAGUUAGUGGAGGUGGUGCAAACAGCAUGGAAUGGGACACUGGCUAUGACAGUGAUGAGCGGAGAGAUGUCCCCUCUGUUAACAAACUGGUGUACGAAAAUAUAAAUGGGCUAUCUAUCCCUAGUGCCUCAGGGGUCAGGAGAGGUCGUCUGACAUCUACCAGUACCUCAGAUACUCAGAACAUCAACAACUCAGCUCAGAGGAGAACUGCAUUGUUAAACUAUGAGAAUUUGCCAUCUUUGCCUCCUGUUUGGGAAGCCCGAAAGCUAAGUAGGGAUGAAGACGACAGUUUAGGACCAAAGACCCCAUCUCUCAAUGGCUACCAUAAUAAUCUAGAUCCAAUGCAUAACUAUGUUAAUACAGAGAAUGUAACUGUGCCAGCAAGUGCUCACAAAAUAGACUAUUCAAGGCGUCGGGAUUGUACCCCGACAGUCUUUAACUUUGACAUCAGGCGCCCCAGCUUAGAACACAGGCAACUCAAUUAUAUACAGGUGGAUUUGGAAGGUGGCAGUGACUCUGACAACCCUCAGACUCCCAAAACGCCUACCACUCCCCUUCCACAAACGCCGACCAGGCGCACAGAGCUGUAUGCUGUGAUCGACAUCGAGAGAACUGCUGCUAUGUCCAACUUGCAGAAAGCACUGCCACGUGACGAUGGGACAUCUAGGAAAACUAGACAUAAUAGCACUGACCUGCCCAUGUGAGCCUGCAGAGCAUGGUGCCAUUUGCACCUUCGUGACAUUGUUCAAAAUGAAGAUGCAGGGCUUCAUUUCAUUUCUACACUAACUCCUUUUACAGACUGAUACAUUUUUUCUGAUUAUUUCAUGUGCAUCUUUAAAGGGAAUUAAUGUAGAGCAGGUACCCCUUAAAGAAUACUAAUGUCAUUAUAUUCUCCUCAUUAUUGUACAGCAGCAUUCCCAUUUUCACAGUGCCUAUUUAAAAUGAGAUUUGAAGUGAAUGACAUGCUGGUUGCUUUUUAUUCCAUAUCCAGGACAUGUGCAUAUCUUCCACGUCUGAGUUGUGUUGGCAUCUAAACCUUUCAUAAAGUCUCUUGAUAACAUGCAUUAUUGCUAACAUAACUCUAGGCUUUGAAGGUUGGACUCGUGGAUUCACUGCUCAGUGUAUGGUCUCCAGCAUGGAACACGAGGAAUCUUAUUUCAUUAGUUAAAGGCUUUUUUACUUGGGCCAAAAAGAAAAGAAAAAAGAACCACACUUCCUUUUAUACCAGUCAGCUCCUCUGUCUUCAGUGUUAUUAGAAAGUGUCCAGUAUCCUGAAUAUGGUUGUGUAUUGGAAGGCAGACAGGAGACCAAGUUCUGUUUACUCAUCUCAUGGUGUCAUUUGAAGGGCAUAUCCAGCUAUCUUAUUCAGAACUACCAUGGGUUUAGGAGUCAGUCUCAGGUCACUUACCCAAAAACAUUUGAAAAAUCUACACCAUGAUCUCUUGGCGUUUCUUUUCCAUAAAUUAUUCACACAGCACAUUGUUUUCUGAGACAUUUGUGCCAUUAAAUUCCCAUUUAGCUUCAGUUUUGGGGUUUCCCCCCUCUCUUUGGUGUUUGGGUUGUCUUACUUUAUUUUGUAAUGUCUUUAUUAAUUUACAAUACAAUGUUUCAGUUUAUCAUUUUUGGAAUGGGAUUGUAUGUUUAUUGUUAGUUUGCAUUUUUGUCAAGUUAUGGUCUUGAAGGUCUAUUUGGAACUGACUGUUAUUUUCUAACAGGGUUGCCCUUGUCCAGUAUUUAUUUAUCUGCUGUUUACUUUUCAAGUUGAUGAAAAAAAAAAACAUUGUUUCUAUUUUAAAUUUCAUUUGUGUCCAGAGGUGAUGUCUUUAGUAGCCGAGAAGAAAAGGAAGGUGCUCUUAAACAUGAGAGCUCCCCAAAGGCACUGUCCUCCCUGUGGGCGCAUCCCCAGCACUUUAGCAGGGAUUGCCUUAGUUUAGCUAUGCGCGCGGCUGCAGUCCCGCUCGCUCUGCCCACUCUGCUGUUCCUGGGCUCUGCUCUUUUCUCACGUGGAGCUAGGCUCUUCUUAUCCCCUGAUUUGGGUGAGCUGUUAAUAUUGUUGCCAGCAUAGCAGGUACCAGGAAGUCUUGAAGCAUUGCAAUUAUGUCAUAAUUAGGAUCUGAAAUGAACUAAAAUUUAUUUAAACCUAUGAGAGUCCGGAUGUUGAACUCUGGGAAAUUAUAAAAAAAAAAAAAAAAAAAAAAACUCCAAAUUCCCAAACCA